ACCCAGAAGAGAGAGAAAGAGAAGGCGAAGGGAGAGAAAGAGAGAGACAAACGAACCAGAAGAGAGAAACGCGGCGUUUAGCUUCAUUCUCUUUUCGUUUCUCUUUUUCCUUGCCACUGACGACCACCGUCGAUAUCUUUUCGCUUUCUCGAUCUAUCGAAUCAGAUCGCCCCAGGGGUUUCGCCAAACGCUUCAUCUCGCUUUAUUUUCUCGGGAAAAUUUCUGCAUUCUUCGUUGAAAGCUCCCGAUUCCUCUUAGUCAAACGCAACCAUGGUAUUCUGGGUCUUUGGAUAUGGUUCACUUGUGUGGAACCCAGGAUUCGAGUACGACGAGAAAGUGAUAGGUUACAUCAAGGACUACAGGCGUGUGUUUGAUCUUGCGUGCAUUGAUCACAGAGGUACACCUGAGCACCCUGCUCGGACUUGCACUUUGGAGUACCAAGAAGGAGCUAUCUGCUGGGGUGCUGCUUAUUGUGUUCGUGGAGGGCCAGAAAGGGAGAAAUUGGCAAUGGAGUACUUGAAAAGGAGAGAAUGUGAAUAUGAUUUGACGACCCUCGUCGACUUUUACAAGGAAGGGGAGUUCUCUGAGACCGAGCCUUCCUUGACAGGAGUUAUUGUUUUCACAUCCACUCCAGACAAAGAAUCGAACAAGUAUUACCUCGGUCCUGCUCCAUUGGAGGACAUGGCAAGGCAAAUUGCAACAGCAUCUGGGCCCUGCGGAAACAAUAGAGACUAUCUCUUUCUGUUGGAGAAGGCUAUGUUCGAUAUAGGCCAUGAAGAGGACUAUGUGAUAGAGCUAGCAAAUGCGGUGAGGAAGGUUCUUGGAAUAGGCGGAAAAGGAUAUCCAAAGGAGAAGAAGUUGGCCGGGCCAACCCACCUCCCGCUCAAGUCCAACAUCCCGGCCCUCCAACUGCAUCCGCUGCCGGAAGCCAUCGCCAUGGACUCGUAACAUUUGAACACAGAUGAAGCUGCAGAUUGCUAACCCCAUAUAUCCAUCUCCCUAGUUUCAGAUUAAGAUCCCUUCGGCUUUUUUCAGUCCCCUUGUUUUGGUCAAGCUUAUUUUUCAGAGGCAUUUGAUGAUGCCGUAGAAGAGAUUAGGUGUGAGGAAAAACUAACUGCUGUUUUUCCUCUUUUACUUUUAACAUUUUGAUACAAUGUGGGAUGCAACAGUUAUAGUUAUUUUAAUUUAAGGAAUUUUACGUUGA